AUGGAUCAUCAUCGCCAUUACUCUUUCUUCUUCCUCUGUGCUGUUGCAGCCUUAGGGCUAGCAACCUUGAAAGGCAUCCAUGGAGUUGAGUUCGUGGUCACAAACAACGCAGAGACAACUCCAGGUGGCACCCGAUUCAACAACGAGCUUGGAGCAGACUACACAAAGCAAACCAUGGACGCAGCCACCAACUUCAUCUGGAGCAUCUUCCAGCAGAAUACCGACGCCGACAGGAAGAACGUCGCCACCGUAACCCUAACAGUUGAAAACAGCGUCGUAGUCAACGGCGAAACGGUAAUCGCCGCCACAAGCAACGACGCGAUCCAUGUCGGUGCAGACUACAUAGAGGGAAUAAAAGGCGAUACCAAAACAGACUUUAACGGCGUGUUGUACCAUGAGAUGGCUCAUGUGUGGCAGUGGUUUGGGACAAACACCAACAUGGGACUCAUCGAAGGGAUCGCUGAUUUCGUGAGGUUGAAGGCUGGGUAUGCGCCGAGCAACUGGGUUCAGCCAGGCGGCGGUGAUCGGUGGGACCAAGGCUACAGUGUGACGGCGAGGUUCUUAGAUUACUGUGAGGGUCUCAGAAGUGGGUUCGUGGCUGAGUUAAACAAGAAGAUGAGAGACACUUACAAUGACGAUUACUUCAAUCAGUUGCUGGGAAAGCCUGUGGAUCAGCUCUGGAAUGACUACAAGGUUGCUUAUGGUGGCUAA